AUGAGUGCCCCACCAGAUGGAACUCCAGCUCCCCCGCAUCCUGGUGAUGUGGGAGGACAAAGCCCAGGUGGAGCUGCUUCACCACAGGGAGCGGGCCAGCAAGUGCCACAAGGUCCUUUGGAUCAGAAUGUUGUGUUGGCAAGGCUCUCUGAAGCCUUAGCUCAGCUAGCUGUUGCUAGCACGGCUCAAGCUUCAGCAGCUUCGGGUGGUCAGCCAGAAUGGCGCGAAACCAAGUAUGUGAAAGCACCGGAAGUGUUCAAUCCAAAGUCUGUUGAAGAGGAGAUUGCAGCAUGGCCCGAAUGGGCCUUUGCCUUCAAGAAUUUCAUGGCAGUCCAGGACGACGGUUACCGGUCUGAUUUUGCCAAAGCGGAGAGUGCCACAGAAUUUCCAGCUUUCGAAGACUAUGGCCCAGCACUCAAAGCACGAUCGCUCAAAUUGUCUUCGAUUUUGGCAUCAUACCUCAAAGGGUUUCCUCCUUUGAAGAAGGAGGGGGCCUCUGUCCUUGAGUAUACGCUGGCUUACGAACGGCUCAUCACCGAGUACGAGGUUGCCGAAGGACAUCAAGAGGUAUUUACAGCUACAAAUCGACGAAAUGGGCCGGCGCCCAUGGACGUGGAUCGCGUCGCCGAGAAGGGCGAGAAGGGCAAGGGAGCUUGGAAGGCCAAGAGCGCUAAGAGUGAGUUCGGGAAGGGCAAAUGA